ACUCCCUCGGUUUGGGACUGAAGUGCACACACAGUUCGCAAGUGGCACACGGCGGCGGAGGAGCUGCGACUGGAUGUCACAGGAGCACAGGGACAUACUGCAGUCAUCCCUCAAUGUGAUGAACAUAUAGGACAUUUCUUUCUUCUUCUUCUUCUUCUUCUUCUACUUUUUUUUUUUUUUUUAAAUCCACAGGAUAAUUUGAUUAUUCAGAAGGGAGAAAAGACCCUUCAACCGCUUUUUUGGGAAUUUGGAAUUAAUUUCUUAUUUCUGUCCACAAGGUGUGUCAGUAUAAAAGAUGUUGCCACAUUGCUCCCUCCUGCUGUUGCUAUGCGUGGCCCGGCUGCACUCCCCGUCUUCGGCCCUGCCCUUCGAGCAGAGAGGCUUCUGGGACUUUGCAAUGGACAGCAUGGACAGCGGUGGGAUGAUGGCGAUGAUGAGGGACGAGGAGGAAGGCUCAGCUGUGGAGGAGGUCUUCCCCCCUGACAUACCCAUGUGCCCCUUCGGCUGCCACUGUCGUCUCAGGGUCGUCCAGUGCUCUGACCUCGGUCUGACUGAGGUGCCAAAGAAUAUCCCUCGGGACACCAAGUUCCUGGACCUGCAGAACAACCGUAUCACCGAGCUCACGGAGCAUGACUUCAAAGGCCUCACUAACUUAUAUGGUCUGUCUCUGAGGAAUAACCUUAUUUCCAAAGUGCACCCCAGGACAUUUGUCCCUCUGAAGCACAUGCAGAAGCUCUACUUCUCCAAAAACCUGCUGCCCGCCGUCCCAAAGAACUUGCCAACCUCUCUGGUUGAGAUGAGGAUCCACGAGAACCGCAUCAAGAAGGUGGCGGCCGGAUCCUUUGCCGGGCUGGUCAACAUGAACUGCAUAGAGAUGGGAGCGAACCCCAUCCAGAACAGCGGUUUUGAGCCCGGAGCCUUCAAGGGACUGAAACUGAACUAUCUGCGUAUAUCGGAGGCCAAACUGACCGGGGUGCCGAAAGAUCUCCCAGAGAGUCUCAGUGAGCUUCAUCUGGACCACAACCAGAUCCAGGCUAUAGAACUGGAGGACCUGAGCCGCUACAAAAACCUGUACAGGUUGGGCCUUGGUCAUAACCACAUCCGGAACAUAGAGAACGGCAGUCUGUCCUUCCUGCCCAGACUGAGAGAGCUGCAUCUGGACAACAACCGUCUCACCCGUGUUCCCAGAGGCCUCCCAGACAUGAAAUACCUACAGGUGGUGUACCUGCAUUCCAACUCCAUCAGCCAGGUGGGUGUGGAUGACUUCUGCCCUCGAGGAUUUGGGAUGAAGAGGACGUUCUACAACGGCAUCAGCUUGUUCGCUAACCCUGUCAACUACUGGGAGGUGCAGCCCGCGACGUUCCGCUGCGUCAGCAACCGGCAUUCUAUUCAGUUCGGCAACUACAAAAAGUAAAGACAGGGAGACGCUGAGCGGCGGGGAGAGUGAGGGGGAGGUGAAGGAGGAGGAGCGGAUAAUUUAAAUGAUGAAAAAAAAACUUGAGAGAUAGAUGAAAGUGAGACUUUUUUUUAUUAUUACUAGUGUUUUUUGGGGGAGAGCGGGUGAGAGAUGGAGAAGAAUGGGCAAUAAAUUGGUGAAAUAGAAGAAAUAAAAAAAUACAAUAACACAACUUGGAGGGAGCGGAAAACAAAGCCCCUCCAGGACUUAAUCUGACCCUUUGCAAUUUUUGAAUUUAAGGUUUUAGAGCUUUAGCAUUUGAAAAGGAUGAAACAGAUCGACGAAAUAUGAGUAAGUAAAACUUGUGAAGCAUUUCAUUUCUCCUUUUUUUUUUUUUUAAAUAUUGUGAUAGAAGCAAUUUUUAUUUGAUUAAAAUUAAGGUCAUGAGCAAAAAUAGAAACGCAAUGCUUUUUUAGAUGUUUUUUUAUAUAUGAAGAGGUGCUCUGUACGACUUUCUGUGUGUGCGCUCCCUGUUUCACUGGUCUGAAGAUAUUUGGUCCUGAAGUCUGUGAUUAAAUUGUGCUGUAUUAAUAUACAACUAGUCACAUAAUUGGGGCCGUUUCCCACCACAUUCAGACACAAAAGCGAUUGCACACAAAGUUGAAACUUCAGUUCAUCAGCUAAACCACAUUUUUUUCUUUGUAUAUAUCAUGGCAAUUCAUUAAGAGACCAGUUUAGAAAUCCACUAAUCACAGUAAAACAUCUUUUCUUGUUCACCUGAGGCGAGCGAACCACCAGCAUGCCAGUGUAAGGAGUCUACUCUGUGCCUUUACUUAAUAUAGUGCUGUUUGUAUGAUACUUUAAUACAGUAUUCCUCGAGGAGACACUGAGGUUGUGGGUUUUUUUGUCCCCAGAAAGAGAAACAACACACAUCCGCUUUGCUUUGAGGCAGUGUGUUCACAUAGUGCUACAAACAACAGUAGUGUUGAUGCAUUGUUUUGCACAUUUUUUUAAUGUUACGCUUUAUCUGCUUCAGGGUUACUAUUGGGGGGCUGGCCGGUCUACAUUGGCAGACCCUAUGUGGAACUUCUUUAGCCAUAAGUAUUCUGUCCUUUCUGUGUUCUGUAAUCUGACAAGCAACUGCUGCAUGUGAAUAAAAAAAAACUCUUUUUUUUUUAGCCUACCGCAUUAAGCCAGUGAACAACUGAUGCCCCCCUGGGCUGGAUGCUGUGUGAGAAAUAAAGAAGAAAUAUCACAAAUGGAAAUCAUUUGAUGAAUGAAUCCUGCACCAUGUAAAGAUCUGAUCAGAGAAAUAAAAUAAAAGUUGAACACAAACA